AUGAUACUUGGUAAAAAAAUUGAAGGGUGCAUGUCUCUCGAGCAAGGAGAGACGAUUGCCGCCCACAAACAUGAACUACGUCUGCGGAUUGAACCGAAAGACAAGAAUCAUUUCCGAAUGGUUUGUGUUUGGACGGACCACAUGCUUUCAUUGUGGAAGUACUGCUCUCGUGGAAGCAUCGAUGAUGUCAUCGAGAAGAAUUCAUGCAAAAUGGAUGGAUUUUUUGUGUUUUUAUUGCUAAAAGAUAUAGUUCACGCGCUUUGUUUCAUACACCGAUCGGCCCUUCACUUACACGGGUUUCUGACUUCCAAAUGCUGUCUGGUCGAUGAGCGUUGGGUGGUGAAGAUAUCGGACUUCGGCUUGGACCGAUGGCGACUCGGAGACAAACCUAUUCAAAAAGAUUUACUAUGGAGCGCUCCGGAACACAUUCGAAAUGGCAACAUCGAAGGGUCACAAGAGGGUGACAUAUACAGCUUUGGUAUCAUUAGCGCACAGCUGGUUACAAAAACAAGAGCAUGGGAUCUGGAGAACAGGAAAGAAGACCCUGAAGGUAAGCGGAAAUGCUAG